UUUUUUUUUUGGGAUCGUGCGGUUAGUUCAAAACAUGCCCAAAAAAAAAUGUUGCCAGCAAGCCGUGAGACACUCUAAAUCGAAAUCAACCGUCCUCUUCCGAUUCAGCUAUCUCUCUCCUCUCUCUCAUAAAAAUCCAAAAGCCACAGAAUUUCAUACAUUAAACAACAACAGAGCUUUAUCUUCUUCAUCCAAACCCCAGAUUCGCGCACACAACCAAUCCCCGCAACCAAACACACACAGACAUGGCUUCUUCUACCUUCAGCGGCGACGAAACCGCUCCCUUCUUCGGCUUCCUCGGAGCUGCCGCAGCUCUCGUCUUCUCCUGCAUGGGUGCGGCGUACGGCACAGCAAAGAGUGGGGUGGGUGUGGCCUCCAUGGGAGUGAUGCGGCCUGAGCUGGUGAUGAAAUCGAUCGUGCCGGUGGUUAUGGCUGGAGUGCUUGGGGAGCCAUCUCGUGUGUCCAAAGAACAGCCUCCUCUUGCUCGCUUUGUUCUUAGAGUCUCCAGUUCCGGCCCUGGCCGCAGACCCUACAUCUCUCCUGUUCAUGAAAGACUGCUUCGCACAAGUGACGACUUUGUCUGGCCUGUUGAUUCCACCUUCCUUGGUCGCUUCAUCAUUGAUGUUGAGUUUCUUGACUUGAAGAUAUGCCCUUUAAAUGGUGGGGAGGCGAGUCCUGUAUGGCCUGCUGAUGGAUUGAUGCAAUCCGUAUCAACCCAAAGCACUCUCCGAUGCCUCUCUCGCAUGCUUGAUGAGGGCAUCCAUGCUGAUGUCACUAUCAACACUACUGAAGGCACAUUAAGAGCUCACAAAGCAGUUCUUUCUGCAACUUCUCCUGUGUUCCAAAGCAUGUUCAAUCACGACCUUAAGGAAAAAGAGUCCUCCACAAUCCACAUAAAAGACAUGUCCCUGGAAUCUUGUAUGGCUCUUCUGAGUUACCUGUAUGGAACCAUUAAACAAGAGAAUUUCUGGAAGCACCGGUUGGCACUUCUAGGUGCGGCGAACAGAUAUGACAUUGCAGACCUAAAAGAUGCCUGUGAGGAAAGCCUUCUGGAAGAUAUUAACUCCACAAAUGUCCUUGCAAGACUGCAAGAGGCCUGGUUGUACCAGCUGAAUACGCUGAAGAAAGGAUGCUUGAUGUACUUGUUUGAUUUUGGCAAAAUAUACGAUGUCAGAGACGAAGUAAACGACUUUUUCAGGCAUGCAGACAGAGACUUGAUGAUGGAAAUGUUUCAAGAGGUGCUUACUGUUUGGAAGCCCUUAUAACUUUCCUUUUAUGGAGUUCUUACUGUCAUAUGCAGUCUGCUGAUUGAUAAUUGUAUAUAUAGUGGUUGGUUCAAGAAUCCUCUGAGAUUAUCUGUGUGGUUUAAUGGUGAUGUUGUUCUCCUAUGUAUGAUAAAAAAAUUACGAUCCCAGGUGAACUGCUUGGCAUUCGGUUUCGAGUUCAUAUAGAGUGUCAUGCCCCAUAUCUCAUGGGCAUUAUAAAUUGCUUGUGUUGGUUUAAGUUCCAAACCCUACUUCUUUGCACAUAAGAAUCUAUUGUACUUAAAAUUUUGCUGUUA